GGAUUUGCAUAGUGCUGAUGACUAUACCCGUCCCACUUAUUAGCAUAUUUUAUAGGCCUAUUGCCUUCGUCAAGAGAUCAUGGCUAGUUAGACCAUCCCGACUGGAACAGACGAAACCUCUCCCCCGGGUAGCAAAGAGACACAGGUGCCAUAGACAAGGGGAUACACAGAGUAACACUAAUACUGGCCUUCAUUACUUUUGAAAAAAAAGAAAAAUAAUCCUAUAUUUUCCUUUUUAAUUUUUUUUAAAUUUAUUUUUAUUUUUUAAUGUUUUUAAAAAUGGUGUCCAAGCUGACAUCAUUACAGCAGGAGCUCCUGGGCGCGCUCUUGAAUUCUGGAGUUUCCAAAGAGGUUCUGAUCCGAGCGCUGGACGACAUGGACCCGAACCCCGCCACCGCCUUCGGAGUGAAACUGGAAAACUUGCAAAUGUCCCCGCCGAGUUCCAAAAUGAACGGGAGCGACUCGGACUCCAAACCGGUCUUCCACACUUUGACCAACGGACACAGCAAGUGCAGCAAGAUGUCCGGGGACGAGGGCUCGGAAGACGGAGACGAUUUCGAAACCCCCCCGAUUCUCAAAGAGCUCCAGUCGCUCAACACGGAGGAAGCAGCCGAGCAAAGAGCAGAAGUGGACAGAAUAUUAAACGAGGACCCGUGGCGCGCUGCGCGGAUGAUCAAGGGGUACAUGCAGCAACACAACAUCCCUCAAAGGGAAGUGGUGGAUGUGACGGGGCUCAACCAGUCGCACCUCUCCCAGCACCUCAACAAGGGCACUCCGAUGAAGACUCAGAAACGAGCCGCGCUCUACACCUGGUACGUGAGGAAACAGCGAGAGAUACUGAGACAAUUCAACCAGGAUACACAAGGUUCUGGCAGCAAUAUGACAGACAAAGUGACUCAGGAUCAGGUCCUGUUUUUCUUUCCAGAGUUUAAUCAGCAAGGGCAGGGGGGUAUGGGACAGGCCGGAGCUGGAGACGAGGCCGGAGCUGAACCUGCCAGCAAGAAGAUGCGUCGCAACCGCUUCAAAUGGGGGCCGGCGUCCCAGCAAAUACUCUACCAGGCUUACGAGAGGCAGAAGAACCCCAGCAAGGAGGAGAGAGAGGCGCUGGUGGAGGAGUGUAACAGAGCGGAGUGUCUGCAGCGAGGCGUGUCCCCGUCGAAGGCACACGGACUGGGCUCAAACCUGGUCACUGAAGUCCGGGUCUACAACUGGUUUGCAAACAGAAGGAAAGAAGAAGCCUUCCGGCAGAAACUAGCCAUGGACGCCUACACUGUGGGGCCGGGGCACAGCAUGAACCCCUUGCUGUCACACAGCUCCCCACACCAACCCCAGUCCAACUCCUCUCCACACAGCAAGAUGACAGGUGUCAGGUACAGCCAGCAGGGAGCUAGUGAGGUCACUUCCUCCACAACCAUCAGUCACCACGGCAACAACGCCAUGGCAACCAGCCAGUCAGUUUUACAGCAGGUGUCACCGGGAGGCCUAGACCCAAGCCACAGCCUACUGUCACCUGACUCCAAGAUGAUCUCAGUCUCAGGAGGAGGGCUUCCCCCAGUCAGCACUCUGACAAACAUCCACAGUCUAUCCCAGACUUCUCACCACGGGCACCAGCAGACCCAGAACCUCAUCAUGACCCCCCUGUCCGGAGUGAUGGCCAUCACACAGAGUUUGAACACGUCCCAGGCACAGAGCGUCCCGGUUAUCAACAGCGUGACUGGGAGCCUGGCAGCCCUGCAGCCAGUCCAGUUCCCUCAGCAACUGCACAGUCCCCACCAGCAGAGCUUAAUGCAACAGUCUCCCAGUCACAUGGGCCAGCAGCCUUUCAUGGCCACAGUCACCCAGCUGCAGAAUUCUCACAUGUACUCCCACAAGCAGGAGCCCCCACAGUACUCUCACUCCUCCCGCUUCCCCUCCGCCAUGGUCGUCACGGACACCAGCAGCAUCAUGCCCUCCAGUAAACAGGAUGCCACUGUAAACAAGAUGAUGCAGCUCGGGGGGCUGUCCUGGUGUCCCUUGCAAGCUUGGUGAUGCUCCACACCUGACUUCGCCGGCGCCUAGCAACCGGCGCGCGUUUUCCACCCCAUCACUUCGGUCUCCGUGGCGACCAUUAACAAGCGCAGCCAGUGGAUUGGAUGAUGAGUCCGUCAACAAAUUUGGGAAAAGAAAAAAAAGAUUGAAGCUGUUUUGUCACGAGCUGAAAAUAACUUGACGUUCACUGGCAAGAAGAACAAAACUGGAGACUCCUCCUUCGACUAUGAAACAGUAUUUCUUUCCAUUUUCUCAUUUUCUGUUCGAGUAGAACAAAAAAGAAAAAUCUAUAUAUAUAUGUGUGUAUAGUUUUUGGAGAAAGAUGGAACGCAGCAGUUGUCUGCAGUCUGCACAGACACCUGUGGGAAGCUCCUCGACAAUCAUGUUUCUUAAAAGCAGUUUCGCUAAAACUCAGCUGUGCCAAAGAAGUUUGUAUAUAAAACCCAGUCCCCUUGCAAAGAGUCCCCCUGCGUUUUCAAUCUAUCAAUAAGAAUGUGAAGGAAUCCCAGACAAGACUGGACAUCGAGGGAGAGGAGAGACGGGAGCUGAGAGGGAAGAGGCUAGUAUGAUCAAUAUAGACGAUGAAAAAAUACCUAUAUAUAUAAUGUGUAUAUAUCUAUAGAAAUAUGUGACGAGUACCGUCUGAAACAAAGACAGCGUAGGCUUUUUCAAGGACGUCCUACUGACUGAAUUACCCUGAAUAUAUUUGCGCCUUUCUGCAUGUUGUCACAUCAAUCUUCAGGUAAUUGGAGUUUUGCCAUAAACUGUGAUUUAAAAAAAAAAACUUUUUUAAUGCAGCAAAACUGCCUGUUGCUAACUAUAACAUUAAUAAUGACGAGAACGGUACAAGUAAUCACACUGUACUAUUGUAUGACAAUCACCAGGCAAUUUACCAAUCCCUGGCACCUUUUUAUUUUAAGUUAUAUGCAUAUACUAGCUUGCAAAGAGUCUUCCAUAUUUUUUGCAAAGGCAUUUCUGCUUGUGAUCCCAAGUGUUUAUUUUUUUUAGGAGGCGUGGCUGAAGGGGUGAAUUGAAGGAACAUAAAUAAGAUCUCUUAAACGGUCUCACUCUCCUGCAUAUCAUUCAUAAAUGCUGUAGGCUGGAUUAGCACAGGACCCUGGGCCAGCAGUGUUAUCAUACAUGCUAGUGGCUGCUUUCUUACAAAUCAGUAACCUGACAUAGGUGUGUGGUUUAACUGAAGUCAUGCUGGCUCAAUAGUGCCUUGUUAAAAGCAGCUCAAACGCCUCUCAUCUCAGAGCUGAGCCUUGCCAGCGUGGGGCUGGUGCAGCUGCAGUUUAUAGACAGCAUGUAGAUCAGGCCCUGUAUGACAACUUCUUUUAACUGUGAAUUGAAGUCAAAUAUUGUCAGUUGAUGACAAAUAAAAAGUUUCCUUCACUUGAUGUGACAAACAGUGUCACUUAUGCAUUCCGCAACUUUUUGGAGGAAGGGCUGCAUAACAAUCACUGGCUAAUAUGAGUAAAUAAUUAAAUGCUUCUUACCUGUCUUUGCAGCAGUAUUAAUUUGCCUUUUAUUGCUCUAUUGUUCCAAGAUGUAAAUAUUUCAUAAUUUCUUUCCUAUGUAUUGAAAAUUGAUGUCCAAACUAGAAUACGUUUCGCUACUUAAUUCAGUGGCAAAUUUUUUUCUAUAAACAGCCACACUUCAAAAGGUCACAGCAAAGGUUAUUAUAUAUAUAUUUUUGUUUGUUUUUACGUUCGUCUGCAAAGACAGAGCCACUGCCAGACGCUUGGGAGGGACUUUCAGCUGAGUGUCCUCGAGGACAGAAAUGUGACUGCAUUGAUUUUGUUUUGAUGUAUUAUUUUUGUAUAAAAAAAAAAAAAUUGAAAUCAAUCUUUUAAAAUCAUAUUUAUACUUGAUGUAAAGUGAAUAUUGCAA